AUGCCAUUUGCCCAGCUGGUUAUCGGACCUCCCGGAGCUGGGAAGUCCACCUAUUGCAAUGGCAUGCACCAGUUCUUAGGCGCCAUCGGCCGAAAAUGCUCCAUUGUUAACCUCGACCCCGCCAACGACAAGACCUCAUACCCGUGCGCGCUGGACGUGCGCGAUCUUGUGACUCUGGAAGAGAUCAUGGAGGAGGAUCAUCUUGGGCCUAACGGAGCUACACUAUAUGCUCUCGAGGAGCUAGAGGAGAACUAUUCUUGGUUGGAGGGCGGACUGAAAGAGCUCGGAGAGGAUUACGUUAUUUUCGACUGCCCCGGACAGGUGGAGCUAUUCACACACCAUUCGUCUCUACGAAACAUCUUCUUCCAGAUUCAAAAGCUGGGCUACCGAUUAAUAGUAAUCCACCUCAUCGAUUCCUACACCCUCACGCUACCCUCAAUGUACAUCUCCGCUCUUCUUCUUUCUCUGCGCGCCAUGCUCCAACUAGACCUCCCACACCUCAACGUCCUCACCAAAAUCGACAACCUCUCCAAUUACAACGACCUGCCUUUCAACUUAGACUUCUACACUGAAGUCCAAGACCUCUCAUAUCUCCUCCCUCAUCUCGAAGCCGAAAACUCUCGUCUCACAAACAGCAAAUUCAGCGCUCUGAACGAGGCCAUCAUCUCACUUGUGGAGGAAUUCGGGCUCGUCAGCUUCGAGACGCUGGCCGUUGAGGAUAAAAAGAGCAUGAUGAAUCUGCUACGAGCUAUUGAUCGCGCGUCAGGGUAUGCAUUUGGGCCUGCAGAGGGUGCGAAUGACUCGGUCUGGCAGGUUGCUGUUCGGGAAGGAAUGGGUGUUACGGAUGUGAGGGAUGUGCAGGAGAGAUGGCUCGACGCGAAGGAUGAAUAUGAUGAUAUGGAGAGGGAGGAGUUGAAAGAGGAGGCGAGAAUGCGCGAGGAAGCUCACAAGGCUGUCAAUGGAGACCCGGAUGAAAUGGACGAGGAUGAAGAACUGGCAAAUUGGAAAUCUUCAAUGCCGGAUAGCGGGAUUAAAGUGCGCCGAAAGGAAUGA